AUGGCGGAAGUUCAGCUGCCGCAACAACCAGCCCAGACGACUCAGAAAGUCUCGGAUAUCGUUCAUAGUUAUCGACCGACAAAGGCCUUCCGAACAUCGAAGCAAGAUGCUCCAAACUAUGUGACAUCGCUGGACUUUGACGACCAAGGAGAAUUUCUCGUGGCUGCAGGCGACGACGAGACUAUUCAGGUGUUUGAUAUCAAGGAGGGCAAGUCGACGAAGUCGGUUCCGAGCAAGAAAUAUGGCGUUCACCUGGCGCGGUUCACCCAUCAUUCUCGCCAGAUCCUACACGCGAGUACAAAAGUCGAUGAUUCCUUACGUCUCCUCGAUCUUCAUAACGAAAGCUAUGUUCGGUACUUCUCUGGUCUUUCAGACAAGGUAGUAAGCCUGGCUCUAUCUCCAGGCAGCGAUUCCUUUAUUUCUUGCUCCAAAGACGAUUUGGUCACACUCUGGGAUCUCGGUUCGCGCAAUGCUCAGGGUAAACUGAAACUUUCGACCCCAUAUCUCGUCGCCUUCGAUCCCUCUGCUUCUGUGAUCGCCAUUGCCUCACAAUCGACCUCGUCUGUCCUGCUGUACGAUUUCCGCAACUAUGAUAAAUCCCCGUUUUCUACUUUCGAUCUGGCUGCAUAUGAAGAAAGAUAUACUCCCUCGACCCGUGGGAGAGCCUGGACUCGGCUUGAGUUUUCCAAUGAUGGGAAGCUUCUACUUGUUGGUACCGACUACCACGGCCACUUCGUCCUUGACGCCUUUGAGGGAACCCUCAAGGCCUUCUUGGUUGGGAAGAACGGGUCGUCUGGGCGAGCCGCACCCGUGUCAACUACGGGGAAGCCGCUUGGCCAAGGCGAUGCAUGCUUUACUCCUGACGGUCGAUACGUUAUUGGAGGUGCGGGCGAUCAAUCAGAUGUUCUUGUCUGGGAUACCCAUCAGACCCUUGAUUCUGGUUCUACCUUGCAACCAAUGACCAGAUUACCUCAUCGCAACCGAACGGCUAUUGUCGAGUGCAAUCCACGAUACAAUAUGUUUGCAACAGCAGAUAAAGAAACUGUCUUCUGGCUUCCCGAAGAUGGCUCACGCCCCCCCGAGAAAUAA